UGUCCUGCUGGAAACGUGGCUUAUGUGGAUCCGAACUCGCAGAUGCCCAUACAGUGUAACGAAGCCCUCAGUAAUAGCUGUCCCAGAGUUUGCCCCGAGGGCGAAAAAGCAUUCGUUAGCACUGCGGAUAUGUCUCCUAGGGAAUGUGUUGUGAAUAUGGACGCUUCAUGCCCUGCAAAUUAUCUCUGCCGUUUCAACAUGCAAAGGAACAAAUAUUUUUGCUGCGCUAGUGUAUCUGGGAGAACCUGUCCUAUUGGGAAGUUCCUGCACAGAGACUCAUUCUCAUUGAUACCCACCCGGUGUACCAUGGGUAGAGCUGAGCAGUGCCCGGAUGGUUAUACUUGUCAAAACUACUUACCCAACUCUGCGCAGGGUUUCUGCUGCACAAAUAGCUCUGUCUGCCCAGAUGAUGCAGAAUUUGUGGUUGACGAACAGUCUCAGCUACCAAGGGCUUGCACUAUGGGUUCAUUUGUCAGUUGCCCUCACGGUUAUGCGUGCAGGUACAUUUAUCAAGAGUACUCGAAGAAUAUCAUCAAUAGAAAGCCUUUAGGUCACUAA